AUAAUUAGUUUAAGUAGAUAGGAAAAAAAUGAAUACAUCAACAAGAAAAAGGAAAGAAAGGCAACAACUGUGAAGCAUGACAUAGCCACACACAAAAUAAAAUUUGAGCGUUGAAAACUGUGUGCAAGUCUUUGUAUUGAUCGGUUGAGAAGUGCCUCUCUUGUUUUCAUAUUCUCUUUCUUUAUUUUUUUUUCCUCACCUUCUUGAUUUUCUUCUAUUCCAUGGAGAUGGCUGAAAAUGGAGAGGGGAUAUAUUUAAAAUUUUAAUUUAAAAACAUAUGGGUGUAGGUGUUUGGUUGAUCAGUCUUCCAUAUGAAUUUAUCUCCCAAGAGCUUCUCAAGUUUCGGUCUCUCCAAUGACGACGACGACGGUGUGGCGCUAAGACCUCCACCAGUUGCUGGCGGCGCAAUGCUGCCGAUUUUUCUCAGUAGCUUGAGUCGUAAUGGAAGCGGAAGCAGCUGGGAGAGAGAGCUCGUGGAGGUGACUCUGGAGCUUGAUGGCGACGACUCCAUUGUCGUCUGCGGAAUGUCGGAGGCGGCGUCUGUUGAUACACGGCCAAGAUCGGCGGGAAGACUAACGAGGAGCCUGUCCACGGCUCCGGCAAGGAUCAGGCAGACACUGGAGAAGCUACUAAGGUCGGAGUCGACAAGAACGACGGCUUCUUCAGUCUCGACAGAGACGGGAAGGUUUACGAGGAUACGGCAGACGUUGGGGAAGUUACUGAGGUCAGACUCGACAAGAACAACGACUUCUGUCUGCCGCGAGAGAGAUAUAGAACGUCAGACACCGAUCAUGUCCGCGAGGGAUAAACGGAAGGAAGAGGUGAAGUUGCAGCGAACGAGGUCAAGCGCACAAAGAGCGUUACAGGGGUUACAGUUUAUCAACAAGACAACGAAAGGAAACAGCUGCGGUUGCGAUUGGGAGUGCGGUUGCGAUGAGAUGUGGAAGAAAGUUGAAAAGAGAUUCGAAACGCUUUCUAAAGAAGGGUUGCUUGCGCGUGAAGAUUUCGGAGAGUGCGUUGGGAUGAAGGAUUCGAAGGAGUUCGCGGUGAGUGUGUUCGACGCUUUGGCUCGAAGAAGAAGACAGAAGCUGGAGAAGAUAACAAAAGAUGAACUUCAUGACUUCUGGUUACUUAUUUCUGACCAAAGCUUCGACGCGCGUCUUCAAAUCUUCUUUGAUAUGGCUGAUAGAAAUGAAGAUGGGAGGAUCACCAAAGAAGAAAUCAAAGAACUUUUAAUGCUAAGCGCAUCAGCAAACAAGUUAUCAAAACUCAAGGAACAAGCAGAAGAGUACGCAUCUCUGAUCAUGGAAGAACUUGAUCCAGAGAAUUUUGGAUACAUCGAGUUAUGGCAACUCGAGACACUCUUACUCCAAAGAGAUACCACUACAAGAAAACAGCAUUUUGGCGAGGAAAGUUAACGAGGAAAUAUAAUCCUCGUAAAUGUACGAGGAACUUACGAGGAAUUUACAACGAAAGAAAUAAACCUCGUUAUUUUCUCGUAAACUAACGAAGAUAACAUUUCGUCGUAAAGCCCACGUAACUUUACGUGGUCUUUACGAGGAAAUACAUUUUCCUCGUCAAAACCACGUAAAGCUUGCAUUAUCUUUACGAGGAAAACUGGAAAUAUAAUUUCCUCGUUAAAUCAACGUAAAUUUACGUCACCUUUACGAGGAAAUGAUAUACGUGAACUUAACGAAGAAUUUUAAAGCACGUUUUUUUUUGCUACCUACCUUUUCCUCGCAAAUUCAUCGCAAAACUUCAACUACCAGAUUCGAAAAUUUUCUAUAAAUAUGGAAGUUUCAACAUCAUUUUAAACACACCAACAAGAAAAAAAAAGAAAAACGUGAAAGGAAAAAAAUGUCAGGCUCUGGGAAUGUCUACGAGUUGCGGAGGUGGAUGUAUAUGCAUAGAGAUGCUAACGGGAGAGUGACGAAAGAAUACAUUGCGGGACUGGAGACAUUUAUGCAUCAAGCAGAUUCCACACCGCUCGCCCUAGAAAGCGGUAAGAUGUUCUGUCCAUGUCGGAAAUGCAACAAUUCGAAAUUGGCAAAUCGUGAAAAUGUUUGGAAGCAUUUAAUAAAUAGAGGUUUCACGCCAAAUUACUAUAUCUGGUUUCAACAUGGAGAAGGUUAUAAUAAUUAUGAUCAGAAUGAAGCUAGUAGUAGUAAUAGCAAUUUUCAGGAAGAACCGGUUGCUCUUCAUUUGCAUAAUGAACCUAGUUACCAUCAGGAGGAGCAGAUGGUAGAUUUUGAUAGGGUUCAUGAUAUGGUAACUGAUGCAUUUGUAGCUCAUGAUGAAGAUGAAGAACCUAACAUAGAUGCAAAAAAGUUUUAUGAAAUGUUAAAUGCGGCGAAUCAACCACUUUACAGUGGUUGUAGAGAAGGUCUCUCUAAAUUGUCGUUGGCUGCUAGAAUGAUGAAUAUUAAAACUGAUCACAAUCUACCGGAAAGUUGCAUGAAUGAAUGGGCAGACUUGUUCAAAGAGUAUUUGCCGGAAGACAAUGUGUCUGCUGAUUCUUAUUAUGAGAUUCAGAAACUGGUGUAUAGUCUUGGGUUGCCUUCGGAGAUGAUAGAUGUUUGCAUCGACAACUGCAUGAUCUACUGGGGAAAUGAUGAGAAGUUAGAAGAAUGUCGAUUCUGCAAGAAGCCACGAUUCAAGCCGCAAGGACGGGGACGUAAUAGGGUACCGUACCAAAGGAUGUGGUACCUACCAAUUACAGACAGAUUGAAAAGAUUGUACCAAUCAGAGCAGACUGCUGGAAAGAUGAGAUGGCAUGCCGAGCAUACUCAGACGGAUGGUGAGAUGACACAUCCAUCAGAUGCAAGAGCCUGGAAACAUUUUAACAAAGUAUAUCCGGAAUUCGCUAGCAAUAUCCGGAAUGUGUAUCUCGGAUUAUGCACAGAUGGAUUUAGUCCAUUCGGAAUGUCAGGGAGACAAUAUUCAUUGUGGCCAGUCUUUCUUACGCCAUACAACCUGCCACCGGAGAUGUGCAUGCAACGGGAGUUGCUAUUCUUGACCAUAUUAAUACCUGGUCCGAAACAUCCUAAAAGGUCGCUGGAUGUUUUCCUGCAACCACUGAUAAAAGAGUUGAAGGAUUUGUGGUCAACAGGGGAGAGGACGUAUGACUGCUCAACGAAGACGAAUUUCACGAUGCGAGCGAUGCUUUUGUGGACCAUAAGUGACUUUCCUGCCUAUGGGAUGUUGUCGGGAUGGACUACACAUGGGAGAUUAGCUUGUCCAUAUUGUAAUGGAGCGACAGAUGCGUUUCAACUGAAGAAUGGGAGGAAGACAAGUUGGUUCGAUUGUCAUCGUAGAUUUCUUCCCAUUGGCCAUCCGUACCGAAGAAACAAGACAUUGUUUAGGCACAAAAGGGUUGUGAGAGACACUCCUCCUCCAUAUUUAACUGGAGAAGAAACUGAAAAGCAACUCGAUUACUAUGGAGUUUUGGAAACAGUUCCUCGUGGUGGUAAUUGGCAUGUUCCCCCUAAUAUGCCUGAUUCUUACGGUGUUCAUCACAACUGGCACAAGAAGAGUAUAUUUUGGGAGUUGCCAUAUUGGAAGAAGAACAAAUUGAUGACAUUCUUGGGAACCACCAUUGCAAGAAGAACAGAUAAAUGAAGUCGAGGAACCUGAACAACAAAUUGAUGACAUUCUUCUCAUUGAUCCGCAUAAUCAUGAGUAUGAAGAUCUUACCGACGAUGGCACAGAUGAAGCUGUUGAAGACGAGUUUAAUGAAAAUGAUGAUGUUUCUAGUGAUGACGAAAAUGUAUCUGAUUGAUGUAUUUGUGUUUUAAUAUGAUUGAUUUUCAGACUUAAUGCAUGUGAUUCGAUUAUAAAAAAAAAUAUUGAGUUUGAGGUU